UGUGCAACUAUAUUCAUAUAUUCUGUGUAACUUUCAUUAUUACGUUCAUUUACAAAAAAAAAAAUCUCAAGUGUUUGAACUAUAAAAUAGUGGGAAUAUUGAAAAUAAACGUUCAUUGACUUAUAUAGACAUUCACCAGGUUUUAGUUGCUGAAUUUAUUUUAUUUGCAUUUUUGAGAUUUAAAAAAAAAAAAAAGAAAAAUUCCUCAGAUCAGGACAAAAUCAUAUUACAGAUAAUAUAUGCUGCUAUUGAGUUUGCAGGAGGCAUUAUGAUGUCAUCAGUUUGUUUUGCAUUGUCUCCCUGUGAAAACAGCAUCCAUUAUGACAUCAUCGCUUGGGAUGACAUAACAAUGGGUAAUUUGAUCUACUGACUCUGUAACCAUGGCAACACCAUUGUGAGGUAAUAAUGAUGAAAACAGGCUUUAACAGCUGUCAGGUGUUUGCAGUCAUUCUGAGUUAGGAGUUCGAGGAGGAAGGAGCUUGCUCUUUAUUCCUUGUUCUUUUAACUCAAUUUUUUUAAAAUGUCCGAUCAAAAUAUAUUUUUAAAUCAUUUUUCAUACACGAAAUGGAUCAUUACCCUAUUAUUAGGCUUCUCUGCUGGAGUUUUGGACGUCAGCUUUUUUUAUAUAAUUAUGGGAAUAGUGAUGUGGAUCUUGUACAGAUGCUGGAAGCCAAGUACUGAGCCAUCAGCAAUAAAGUGUCAGGACAAAGCCAAGGAACAGGCAAAGGUCCCACACAAGGUCACUGACCGAGAGUUUGAGAGACUCCGGUACCUGCAAGUGUUAGUGAACAAUUCGUGGCCGUACAUAACAAAAUAUCUGGAGAAAUUUCUAAGAUGGAGAAUUCAGCCGCUGAUCAGAUCCCGAUUUAAAUAUUUAACCAAUUUUCACUUCUUUGAUAUUGAUUUUGGCAAUAAGGCUCCACAGGUGACUCACAUGAGAGUUCAGUCUGAUCCAGAGAAGAAGCAGAUUCUCCUGGAUCUCAAAAUCAGUCUCAACGCAGCGGUGAUGGUUAAUGUUGGAAUAUCUAAGACUAUCAUGGCCGGAGUGAAGUCUGUGAAGCUGGAGGGAACAUUACGAAUAAUUCUGGCUCCGCUGAUACCAGACGUGCCCUUUACUGAAGCCGUGAACAUUUACUUCCCUCGGCGGCCGGUGUUACAUCUACAGUGGACAGGACUCACCAACCUGCUUAAUAUUCCCGGUCUUCACACCAUGACAGAAAGAAUGAUUGUGGACCAAAUUGCCAACUUCAUGGUUGCGCCCAAAUUUUUCACUCAGCCCCUGGCAGCCAACUUUGACAUGAAAAAUCUGCCCUUCGCGGAUCCCUGGAACGCACUUCGGAUUCAUGUAUUAGAAGCAAGAAAUCUCGUUGCAAACGACUUCUUCUCCAAGAAAUCAGACCCUUUUGUAGUUGUGCGCGGAGGAGGCACAGUUGGGAAAACCAGGGUCAUAUCUAAGAACCUCAACCCGCAGUGGAACCAGACAUUUGAGAUAUUAUUUUCAGAUUUACCAGGGCAGGAGAUUGAAUUUGAGGUUCUGGACAAAAAUGUUCAGAGAGAUGAUUCACUGGGCAGCUGUAAAAUUGCAGUUCCACAUGUGCUAAAGAAGAAAUUCAUUGAUAAGUGGAUCCGGUUGGACAAUGUGAAGUCUGGGGAGCUCCAUAUCAAGGUGGAAACUCUCAAACUCUUUUCAGACCGUGACAAGCUGGAGAAGGUGUUAAAUCUGAACAAAAGGCCGCGGCCCCCUAAGAGUGAGGAGUUGUCAUCAGUUGCCCUUUACACCGUCAUCCAAAAAGCCAGGGGUCUGCCAGUGAUACGGCCGAAGAAAUGCAAAUUAAACCCACUGGCCACCGUGGAAGUGUCAGUGACAGAUACAGUCAAGAGGACGGGGGCCCAAAUAAAUUCCGGAGAGCCAGAGUGGAAGGAGAGGUUACAAUUCCUCAUAAAGGACCCACGCGGCGAGAGAAUGCAACUAAAUGUUCUAAAUCAGCGCAACAAGGUUCUGGGACACAUCUCUGUUUCCCUAUCAACACUCAUGGCUGCCAAGGAUAUGACCAUGGAGGGCUGGUUCCCUCUUGAGUCCCCAGUAAAUAACAGCGAGAUUUGGCUGAAGCUGCAGCUGAUGAUUCUUGCCCCUCGCAUUUUUCAUGUGAAGCGAUAGAACCAGAAAGAACUUCCAGAACCCAAAUCCUGGACCAAGGAGGAACUGAGGAGGAUGAAGAGGAGGAGGAGGAGGAGAAGGAGGAGGAGGAGGAUUUAGCACAAAGAUGAAGCUUUCAGCUUGAGGCAAAGGAGGCUCUGAAGAUCCUUGCCCUGAUGGACCUUCUGGAUCAGGAUAAAGGGACCUUCCUUAGCCCUGUGGCAAAGGAGGGUCCGAAGACUCUUAGCUACCUUUUUGCCACCCAAGAAUUAAAAAGUAGAGGCAUUGACUAUAAAUAUAAGCAAUAAAAAAAAUAAAAUUAUAAAAUGAGUGAGCUUUAUUAGUGACUGGGCAUAAAGAGGCAGAGUAGGAAGGUUAAUUAUUUGAAAGCAUAAAAAAUACACAGCUACUUAGAAUAAGUCAAUGUACAACCUUCUAAAAUCAUGUUUAAUGGUGAACUUUCCCUUUAAGGCCAUAGGCAGUGACACACGGGAAUCACUUAAAAGGGGAAACCUACACAUUUUACUCCAUGUGUCUUGGGUCUAAGAUGGGUCUAUAUUCUUUAAGUUGCCCAGUCUGGGAGCCACCUACCUACACACGUGUGGCUGAUAGAGCUAAUGAUUGGCUCUUUACCCCUGUAGCUGGGGCAGGAAUAUCUAACUGGCGGCUUUCUUUGUGUCCCAAUGCCAUAUUGUGGCCUGUGAUGCUGAUCAAACCAAAACACAAGGAAUAGAACAAAAUUCUGUUCAUAGUCACCUGACUUUCGGUUCAGCACGAAACCCCCCGAAAAAGUAAUUUUGCAGUCGGUCUGCUUUUAACUUUAACACUAAGAGCUGAUAUAUGUGAGCUUUCCGACCAGAGAGAAUUAGAGGCAAGUAAAAAAUGUAGAAUUUGUUGCUGAGCUCCCCUCCCUAAAGUGUUUUGCCACUAAACCCCCUGCCCUACAAACAUCCCCCCCCCCAUGCUUGGUGAUUGCUGAGACUAAUGGUGGUGUAACCCUACGGGCCAUUAAAGUAGAAUGGGGCCCCAAUUAAAAAAACUCUAGAACUUUUCCCAAGUGCUGCACAGUCGGUGUUGGCGUGAGUGUAGGUAACAGUGAAUAUUGGCUAUAUGGGGCUCUUAUGUAUAAAAUUAUUAGAAAACCUUUGGAUAAAUAUCAAAUGCAGAGGCAGCUGUAUCCGGGCACACAGAGCAUAGCAACACGAGAAAAGAAUUGGGGUUACCACCUGUCUGGAUCAAAAUACAAACCUAAUCUUAAAUGCAAAUGACAAUUGGACGAGUCCCUGGCUCAGUAUUAGAAAGAGAUUGCGAUUUGCUUGGCAUCUCACAGUCCUGUUCACGCAAAUCACUGGAAGGUUAAGGGUAGGGGCGACUUCAGGCGACUUCGGAAUACAAAGCGAUGCGUGUGCCAUGCCGCAGGCGACUUUUCAUUACAGCCGGCGCAAGACAGAAAGAAGUUGUUCGUGGAGAUUGUUUCCACGGCAACUGAAAUGAGUCAGUAUUGUCAUUGUGAUGGGACCUGAGUAAUGUCACCCCUUGUGCAACUAUAUUCAUAUAUUCUGUGUAACUUUCAUUAUUACGUUCAUUUAAAAAAAAAAUCUCAAAUGUUUGAACUAUAAAAUAGUGGGAAUAUUGAAAAUAAACGUUCAUUGACUUAUAUAGACAUUCACCAGGUUUUAGUUGCUGAAUUUAUUUUAUUUGCAUUUUUGAGAUUUAAAAAAAAAAAAAAAAAAUUCCUCAGAUCAGGGCAAAAUCAUAUUACAGAUAAUAUAUGCUGCUAUUGAGUUUCCAGGAGGCAUUAUGAUGUCAUCAGUUUGAGUUUGCAGGAGGCAUUAUGAUGUCAUCAGUUUGUUUUGCAUUGUCUCCCUGUGAGAACUGCAUCCAUUAUGACAUCAUCGCUUGGGAUGACCUAACAAUGGGUAAUUUGAUCUGCUGACUCUGUAACCAUGGCAACACCAUUGUGAGGUCAUAAUGAUGAAAACAGGCUUUAACAGCUGUCAGGUGUUUGCAGUCAUUCUGAGUUAGGAGUUCGAGGAGGAAGGAGCUUGCUCUUUAUUCCUUGUUCUUUUGACUCAAUUUUUUGAAAAAUGACCGAUCAAAAUAUAUUUUUAAAUAAUUUUUCAUAUACAAAAUGGAUCAUUACCCUAUUAUUAGGCUUCUCUGCGGGAGUUUUGGACGUCAGCUUUUUUUAUAUAAUUAUAGGAAUAGUGAUGUGGAUCUUGUACAGAUGCUGGAAGCCGAGUACUGAGCCAUCAGCAAUAAAGUGUCAGGACAAAGCCAAGGAACAGGCAAAGGUCCCACACAAGGUAAGUCUCACCCCAUUACUGAUAACACAAUACAGGCAUUAGCAAUGGAAAUUCAUUCCAUUUUACAACUGCAGAUUCUCAUUUAUUCAAUUUAUCAUUUGAGAAGCUGCCGUCCCAAAAGCUUUGAUUUAAGAGCGGACAUAUUGUGUGGCCGUUGGGUUGAGAUUUCUGGUCAGUUGGGUUUUAGAGAGGCCAAAUGUUGAUAAAGUUCCUUUGGUAGAGAGUAUAAAUAGCAAAUAUACUGGGCCUUGUCAUGUACAUGUGUGUGUAUAUAUAUAUAUAUUAACUGGGAAUUGUGAGCUCAUCAGGCCAGCCCUGGUUGUAUCCAGUAAAAUGCCAUAGACUUGGUUACUUCUCCCUCCUCCUCUCACUUUACAAAAACUCAACUGUUUAUGAACGUUCUUCUUUACAAAUAUAAUGUUGCAAUGUGUUAAAGGAGAAGUAAAGUGGUUUAGCACUUGUUGAGCCAAAUGUUCGGUACCCCCAAGUGAGAGCCAGAGAUCAGAAAGGGACAAACAGACUUUUACAUGAAACUUUGAACCUAAUGAAGAUUUUUAGUGACUGUAAAUUGGGAUCUUCCUCAGAACGACAUUUUCUCUAAUGAUGCAAAAACUGUUUUAGGUGGAGUUUCCCUUUAAUUCAUCACUUUAUUUAGAAAUGAGGGUCACAUGUGAUUCUUUACAUUAUUUUAUUAGAAACCUAAUUUGCUUGUGCCUCUCGUUUGCAGGUCACUGACCGAGAGUUUGAGAGACUCCGGUACCUGCAAGUGUUAGUGAACAAUUCGUGGCCGUACAUAACAAAAUAUCUGGAGAAAUUUCUAAGAUGGAGAAUUCAGCCGCUGAUCAGAUCCCGAUUUAAAUAUUUAACCAAUUUUCACUUCUUUGAUAUUGAUUUUGGCAAUAAGGUAAGUGUCCCGUGUAUUUAAUUGUCUCUCAUGUUGCUCAGUGAUUUCCCAUCAGACCCAUUGUAACCCAUUGUGUGACUGUUCCACAGGCUCCACAGGUGACUCACAUGAGAGUUCAGUCUGAUCCAGAGAAGAAGCAGAUUCUCCUGGAUCUCAAAAUCAGGUCAAUAUUGUCUCCUUCCCAACCUGUGUAUAAGCCUCUCUUUAAUCUUCCUUCCCACUCACUGACCGUUUGCUCCUCAUUUACAGUCUCAACGCAGCGGUGAUGGUUAAUGUUGGAAUAUCUAAGACUAUCAUGGCCGGAGUGAAGUCUGUGAAGGUAAGUGACCCUCAUACUGACCUUCUACAUGUGCCCAUGUGUUGCCCUUGAACAUAUAAUCAAUGUCAUUUCUCCUCUGACAGCUGGAGGGAACAUUACGAAUAAUUCUGGCUCCGCUGAUACCAGACGUGCCCUUUACUGAAGCCGUGAACAUUUACUUCCCUCGGCGGCCGGUGAGUCCGUAUUAUAAGGAGUUGCUUUGUGCAGCUAUAAAUAUAUAUAUU